UUCUCGUACAGCCACCUGAUACAUUAACGUAAUCAAUCAUUGGCCAUCAUCAGCAGCUGAAAAGAAGAAUUUUAUUUUAUUUUUUUUUUUUUUGAAAAACAAAAUUCUUUUUCCCUAUUGUGCAUGUGCCGCUCGUCUGUGUGAGUGUGUGUGGUGUGUGUGUGUGGUGUGUGUGCGUCUGUUUCGUUUUGUUUGUCCGCCCAUCAGCAUAGGGUGUCUCAUUUGCUUAUACGCAAAUUGAUGACAAUGCCUCAUUGUCUUCCGUGAUUGUGUGUGUCCAAUGCGAGUGCGUCAGCAGUGAGAAAAAAAAAAAAAUUGCAUACAAAAAGCAAGAAAUAUUCAAAUCUUUUUGUUUUGCUUUUUUUUUUUUUUUUUUUUUUUGAUGGAUGGGACUUCGAGGGUGGUUUUGAAAAACAAAAAAUAAAGACGAGCCAGCCCGAAAAUUAAGUCAGACGAAAGGUUCGAUCCUUGUAAGGUCACAAAAGGGAAAGCGUUUCUCUCUCUCUCUUUUGCCAAAGUGAUCCAAGCUGCUUGAUUGAAAGUUACCGCACAAGUGAAGUGAAAGUUCACUUGUCUAAGGAGCGCCAAUAAUUUCAAAUCGAAAAAAACAAAAAAAAACACGCAAAAUAAAAAAUAAAAAAACAAAAACAAACAGGCGAUAAUUGGUGUGUGCGUCGCUUGAAUUGUUAAUACAGCCGAACUGUUGGGCUGAGCAUGCCGCACGGAAAUGCCGGCCGCCAGGAUCGCAGUCAGCAGCGUCCAGCGGGCCGACUCGCUGCGCUCUGAGCGCUCCGACGCCUCGCAAACCAACAAACGAGUCUCUUUCAAUCGCGACGUUGACGUCAAGCACAUCAAUCACGCUCAACAGCCACACCAACAGCCACAACAGCAGCAGCAGCAGCAGCAGCAGCAACAACAGCAGUACAUCCCGAGAAUCAAAGGGCCGGCCCCAGCUCCGCCGGUCGGCAGUCACAACGUCGACAGACAUGACCUCAACCUCACGGCUGCUGGCUCAACGUCCGUCAACAGCGCCACUCACGCCGUGCCGCCCUUCUUCAACGUCUACAAGGAGCCGACGUUGCUGAGCGAGGCCGAGCUGGCCCAGGAGGCUGAACGCAUCAUCCAGCAGGUGGACCAAAUCAGUUGCACCGUUUCGCCCAAUCCGCUCUUGGCCAAUUACGAAACGCGAUCGCUGGAGCGACGCAAUCUGGCAGCCGCCAAGCGCAACAAUCAAGUUCAGGGAGACAACGGGCUCAAUUGGUCACGCACUUUGCCCACAACGUCGACCAAGAAUCAGCUCGCCAACGACGGCAAGCCGAGUAGCGGUAAAAAGACGAAAAACAUCGAACUCAGAGAGAAGAACAACAUCCUCCAUCAACAACAACAGCAGCAGCAACAACAGCAACAGCAGCAGCAACAACAGCAGCAGCAGCAACAACAACAGUUCGAGAAGCUCGAUCCGAUCGUCGAAUCGAGCCCGCGUCGACCCCAGCAGCUCCCGCUCGGGAUGAUGACCAUCUUGGACCAGCAACAAGAGCAUUAUCAGCAGCGCAACGGUAAGAGCCAUCACGGCCAUCGCGACGCGGCCCCCACCACCCCGCCCAAGUACGAUUCCGGAAUCGAGAUGGAAGCCACCAGCCGGCCCAACGUCAACCUCAUUGUCCAGCAGCUGACGGAAGAGUCGAGGCAGCGGGAGCUGCUGCGCCGUCAGUACCAGGACGAGCUCCAUUUGGCCGAAGAUCCGCUGGCUCCCCGAUUGCCCACGUUGAACCUGAUCGAACCCGAUCCGCAAUUCGGGUUGACGCACAACAAGAAUUUGCCCUUCUCGUACACGGGAGGAGUUAGCCCGACGCGGACCAGUCCGCUCCGCUCGCCGCUGGGUGGGCCCCGUUUCACUUCGCCUCCUCCGCCCAGACCGGAAUUGCCGUUCGGUAAAACGGGCGGAGUGACGGACGUUGUUUACGCUCAAGUCAAAACAUCGGCGCAACACCAGGGCAGGGGACAAUCGCCGUCGCCAGAACGUAACGUCUACCGCUCGUCGAACGGCGCCGGGGCGGACAAAGUGCCGGCCGGAAGAGGCAAACUGUUCCAAUUCCAAGAGCAACAGCAGCAGCAGCAGCAGCAACAACAACAACAACAGCAGCAGAGGGAUGUCAUCCGCCAGCAUUUGGGCUACCAAAAGGGGGUCGGCGUAGGAAUCGAACACGACGACGACGAGGAGGAGCCCGAAGGGCCGGUGGACGAAGAGGAUCUGGACGCCAUCAAAGCCAAGGCUCGUUUCCUCUUCGGCGACGACGGCCAGGGCCAUCAGACCGAGCGCAAAUUGUCCGGAAGCAGCGGAGGCAAUAGCCGAGCGUUGGACGCUCGCAACAACAAUCGCAACAACGUCAACAAUAGUCACGUCCAAUACAACAAUAACAACAACAACGCGUCGGCCGGCCUGUCUUUCAAGUACAGCACCUUGUUGAAAGACCAACAGCGGACGGGCGGCGGCGAGCAAGACGAUCGCAGUUACCCGCACACGACCAAGAUCCUCAUCGCUGGCAACGACCAACAACAACAACAGCAACAACAACAGCGUAAGCAAACAAGGGCAUCGGAUCAACGCGUGUUCCAGUACAGCGACGACGAGGACGGCCCCCGUUUCGGCGGAAGAGGCGGGAUCAAAGUCUAUCAGGAUCGUUCCGUUUCGCCGGAACCUCGCAUCCAGCCGUUGACCAAUCGCAUCCGUUCGUUGCAAAUGCAACAACAACAACAACAACAACCUUCGUCGAGGAGGAGCCCGGAACGAUCGUAUCAACAAAGAGAAGCGGAAAGUCGGACGCUUCCGCUUCCGCAAAAGGCCAAUCAAAUGUCGAUGACUUCCACGCGCUUGAUCCAGGACGCCGAGCGCGGGCGGACGGUGGUCCGCCAACGGAACGAGCCCGUCAUCCACUCGUCUCGACUGACGCAGUUCCAGAGCCGCUACGAGGACGACAUGGACGGCGAAGAGGAGUUCAUUCGGGCCGCGCCGAAACCGCCGUUGCGCAUCAAGAAAUUGUCGCGCGAGCGGAUGGAGGCGUCGCCGCCGCGGGCGACGACCGCGGCGCCCGCAGCGACGACGCAAGCCAAAGUGGCCUUCAACACGGUGCCGUGGCGUCGUGACGAACGCAGUCCCGAGAGUAGCCCCGAACGCAAUUACCCGCUGAACCGGCCGCUUGGCCAUGCCAAGAAAAUGCCAUCGCCCUACCGGUACCAACCGGCGCGCUCGUCGCUCACCCCGAGUCCCGAGCGGCGCAUCUCCGAUCCGCGUCGGUGGAACGAGCCGGCCGAAACGACGACGACGACGAGGACGACGACGACGACGGCGGCCGUGCAGCCCAACAAUCAAGCCAACAACGAGCCGGAAAAACAGGAGAAAAUCCGCCGGCAGCGGAGCAAGUUCUUGUCCGUCUUUCUGGGUUCGAAAGCCAACAAGAGCAAGAAGAAAGCGCCAAAGCAACAGACGCCAUCGCCUUCCGUCCUGAGUUCGCCGGCCGCACCUGCGGCCGCCACCAAAGGCGGGCCGGCAGUCAAAGGUCAAGCGCCGCCGCAAGUUGCUAAAUGGUCGACAGAGGACGAAGCGGAAUUGGUGCGACAGAGUCGCUCGCUUUUGGUCAAAGGUCAAAACCAUCAGUCGAAUCAGACGUCAGCCACGAAGACAACGACAACGACGACGACGACGGCCAACAACAACAACAGCAACAACAACAACAACAACAACAACAAGAACUCGACGAAUGCCGGUAGGCCGGUAGUCGUUGUGGAAGCGCCUUUUGUCCGCAAAGUGGCGCCGCCGCCACCUGUCACAACGACGGGCGACGCUUCCGCGCUGCGCUAUCGCGUCGUCACCAAUGGCACGGCCAAAGACGGAGGUCACCGUCGACGCAGUUCCACCGACCGGACCGACACGUCCGAGAGCGAUGGCCACGUCAACAGCCACCAGCGCAAUCAAUUCAAAAAUUUGCGCCAAAAAUCGCAGAGUUUCAACAAUUUGAAUUACCGGCCGGAUCCGGUGAUCGUGCUCGGCGAGGAACACCAGCACCAGCACCAGCAACAUCGCGGCAAUCGCCACGGCCACGACACUUCCGUUCAGUUCCAUUCCGGCCGUCGCUAUCAGGAGGACGGUGGCGGCCGCUACAAGCCGCAACAGCGCGGCAUGAUGGGCGACGCCCGUCCCUACGCCAGCACCAAUUUGAUCCACCAAAUCGGAGUCGAAUCGGCCGAAUUGCGCGAGCGCAACGCGGCCGACGAGCAGCGACGCGCUCCGGCCGCUCCGUUGGGCAGCAGUCCGUCCGAAUCGGCUCCUCCUCCGCCGCCGGCGGCGACAAGCGCGGCCGCAGCUCAAUCUCAGCGCCAGAUGCGCUACUUUGGCGACACGGACUUGGAGUCUCAGCCGUCUCGCGGAGGUGGCUAUUCAUCACGCUACAUGCCCAAGGCCAAGGUGACGCGGAGCGCCAGCACGGCGGCCGGCAUGGGCGCUGUCCGCAGAGGUGUGUUGCAUCAGCGAGGACGACACCAUCCGGUCAGCUCGGUCAACAGCUCAGAGAGCGACGGCAGCGCCAUGCAGAGCGCGGCCGGAAGCGCAGAGAGCCAGCGCUCCGUCUACUUGCACGCUACAACUGUGGCCGACAUCCCCGUCACUAGUCACGGUCGUACGGCCCAGCAGCAACUGCUAGCGUCCAGGCGGCACAGGGCGCAGAGCCGGGAGGACAUGUCGGCCCUGUCGGGCACGACGGGAUCGACGCUGAGGCGGACGCAGACGCGACAGAUAUCGCGUUCGUAUUCCGUGCUGGCACCGUGGAAGCCGCGUCAUUACCGCGACAAGUACGAAAUCACGUACAGCAAUCAGCAGCAGCCGGGCGGCCAAUCGGCGCCGGCCAUGGUCGUCGGCGACGUGGGCAAGCCACCGAGGGCGCCCGUCCGGCGCCGGGAGGACGUCAUUGUCGAGUCGGAAGAUUCGGGAGACGCGUACCGUCCAUCGGCGGCCGGUCCUGCGGCCGUCGCUCAACGUCAGACUGGGGCCACAUCAUCCAGCAAAACGGGCGGCACGUCCGUCUCUCGCUCAUCCACCAUGCCCAAAAACACCAAACUGAUGGCCGGCUGGUUCCGCAAGAAGAAGCAACGCUAGUCCGUCCGUCUUCCCAUUCCAUCGCGUCCGUCCUCUUCUUUUUUUUUCUUUUUUAAAACAAAAAUAACACCAAUCAAUUCCGCCCCCCCCUCCCUGCUGGUGCCCUCUGCCAUAUCCGAGACUAACUGCAAAACGUAAACAAAACAAAAUUAAUAUUCAUUUCGAGUGGGUUUUUUCAAUUUCGAAUGGGACAAAUUACGUACGCAAUUCUUUUUUCUUUUUUCUUUUUUUUUUUUUUUUUUUUUUUUUGUAAUUUCAAAAAGUGAAUUUAAAACAUUCCCUAUUUCCUUGUGCGCCAAAACAAAACAAGAAGAAUAAGAAGAAGAAACGCCAAGAAGUCCGGAGUGCGCGUCUACUGGGCCAUCAACUUGACGCGUCUGUUAGGUGCUCCAGAUUCUUGCCUUCGCCCGGUGCUGCAGCGGAUUCAACGACGCAAAGACCCUCUGAAAAUAAUCUGACUGUUAUUCGUCCCGAUUUUGUUUGUUUUUUUUCGUCUCUUCUAUUUUGGCAUCGUUCACCUUUUUCAUCAUUUGUGUCGUCCCCAUCCCUAAGGAAAAUAUUAUUAUUAUCAUUUUUCUUUUUUUCAAAUUUUAAACAAGUUUUUUUACGAUGUUGGAACAAUAACCAUUUCAAUAAUUCCUCCGCCCGUGUGUGCCAAUUUCGCAUCAUAGUAGAGUCGUCUUCAACUGGGUAAAAAAACAAACAAAUUCUUUCUUUUUUUUUCUUUCUAUCUCUUCACAGAGACUAAACGUCAUCGCAAUGUCACAUCUUAGUUGACACCUUUCUUCUUUCCUGAUAUAUACAUACAUUUUUUUUUAAAAACAUAAUAAUAACAAACUUAUUUUCAUCAUCUUUACCCAAGUCUUUACAUCGUUUUUCUGCUCCUUUUUACCUCUGAUGCUGUGUAAAGAAAACAACAACAAUGAAACAUACCACGAGCUCAGCUUUUUCAAAUCGGAAAACGAGCCCAUUCGGUCGCUGAAAUAAAAUAAAAUUAAAAAAAAAUAUGCGUCACGUACUUUUAGACAUUAAAAAAAUAAAACGAAAUGAGCAAAACUCUUCGUGCAUGUCUGUGUGAAUGUGUACAAGAUUGGCUUUCGAUAAUGUCCUGAGAACAUUUUCUCUUUUCUUUCAUUCUUUCCGUCUAAUCUUUUUUAUUUUUGUUGUUAAUUCUUUACGAUUUCCCACAUAGCCAAACAGAAUUUGUAGUUUUUGUACAAUCGCAUGUUUUUUUUUUCGUUUGCCCUCCUCUUUGCCUCGUCUCCUCCCCCUCACCAUUUUGAUAUAAUACAAUAAAAAGACUGAUGGUUAAACAAAA